CUCAAAGCUGUUUGCCGGAGUCCAGUGUCUGCAGGAACCGCCAUAUUGUCAUCCUAGAAGCGCUGGGAGGUGAUCCUGAAAACAGCACUGUCACCUCCACGCCCAGACUAUGUCAGGUCCAGUCACAAGUCGAUCCCGAGUUUACCCCGAUGUGAACACACAGAGGCCCCGGGAGUAUUGGGACUAUGAGUCACAUGUCGUUGAGUGGGGGAAUCAAGAUGAUUACCAGCUGGUGCGGAAACUCGGCAGAGGCAAAUACAGUGAAGUGUUUGAGGCCAUAAACAUCACAAACAACGAGAAAGUAGUCGUCAAAAUACUCAAGCCAGUCAAAAAGAAGAAAAUCAAGCGAGAAAUUAAGAUUCUAGAGAACCUUCGAGGAGGGCCCAACAUCAUCACACUUCUAGACAUUGUCAAGGAUCCUGUGUCUCGGACACCUGCCCUAGUUUUUGAACAUGUAAACAACACAGACUUCAAGCAAUUGUAUCAAACGCUAUCAGACUACGACAUUCGGUUCUACAUGUAUGAAAUCUUGAAGGCACUGGACUACUGUCACAGUAUGGGAAUCAUGCACAGAGAUGUCAAACCACACAACGUAAUGAUUGACCACGAACACAGAAAGCUUCGCCUGAUAGACUGGGGCUUGGCAGAGUUUUACCACCCGAGCCAGGAGUACAAUGUCAGAGUCGCAUCCAGAUACUUCAAGGGACCUGAGCUGCUGGUAGACUACCAGAUGUAUGACUACAGUUUAGACAUGUGGAGUUUAGGUUGCAUGCUGGCUAGUAUGAUCUUCAGAAAGGAGCCCUUCUUCCAUGGACAUGACAACUAUGAUCAGCUUGUACGAAUUGCUAAAGUACUGGGUACCGAAGACCUGUAUGACUACAUCGACAAAUACAACAUUGAGCUAGACCCUCGGUUCAAUGAUAUUUUGGGCAGGCAUUCCCGGAAGAGGUGGGAGCGCUUUGUGCACAGUGAGAACCAGCACCUGGUCAGCACCGAGGCGCUGGACUUCCUGGACAAGCUGCUGCGCUACGACCACCAGGCCCGGCUCACCGCCAGAGAGGCCAUGGAGCACCCCUACUUCUAUCCCAUCGUGAAAGAACAGGUGAGGAUGGGCUCCACGCCAGGCAUGGCUGCCAGCUGUACCCCAGUGAGCUCGUCCAGCAUGAUGAGCGGUAUCACGUCAAUGUCCUCAUCACAGCCUCUGGGUAACAUCGCCGGAUCACCUGUCAUCUCCUCCCCCAACACCUUGGGCACACCGAUCCCAGCUGCCACUGGGGCACAGCCCUGAAUGGAGCUCCGCCCCCCUCUUUUUCACUGGCUCGCAGUCCGGGAAGGGACUGGGGCGGCCCAUCAGGGCUUUGUUUUUAUGUUGAGUAUUAAAAAGAAGAUGAAAUUAGGUUCCUUGUUUUUUUCCGUACAAUAAUUCUAUAUUGAGAUUCGGACACACAACAGAAAUUUUAUGUUGCGUCUGUGUCUGGAUGAAACGUAGCUGCGUUCUCAUGAUGACUGUGUCUAGAAAUGCAACUACAAUGUAGAAAUCAAUGAGAAAAAUGCAUAAUAAAAUUUAUUUUGUAUGUCCCUAAA